AACCAUUUAUCCAUGACAGUCGGACCCGGAAAGGUCAUUGACCCGCAUUGGUAUUUUGGGGAGGGUACAGUUGCAACGGUCUGUCUCUCAGCGAGCAGUGCCGAGAUCAAGCCAGACGAUACGAGGCCUGGAAUCUGCGGGAUCACUUCAGCAGAUUCUUGACAUCGCCCCAGACUUAUAGACACAGUCCCUCUGCCCGCUCGCCAAGUUCCGAGGCGGUUCUGUUUUAGCCCAGCCAUCAUGGAGACUUCGGAGAGCGCUGAAGCCGUGAAAGGAAACACCGUGGGGCCCAGAAAGCCUCCGAUAGAUUCUCAGAGCAUCAGAGCGCGGAAAGCUCGGUCGGUGCCAAUGGGUCGGCUGCCGAGACCUUCGAGUUCUGCUUCCGAUAAAACAACAAGCGAGACACAGCAAGUACACGGGAGAGCCAGGCUGGCACGGGCAACAGACAGGCAUGUAGGCAAUGGUAGCCAAAUGGGCACGCCUUCGGGUUUAGGAUAUAACGUUGACGAGGCAGGCCGUGAUGUAACUGCACCAGGUCUUCCUCAGGAGAAGGCUAUUGUGAGUAGGAGCUCGCUGGGUAGUAGAUAUCUUCGACGGACUGGUGUAAGCGAUGCCAUGGCCCAGCUUGGCGAUCCAACGGCAGGGUCCUUGACUUGGAACAGAAGUAUAUCACAGCCACCAAGUUAUGAUCAGAAGCAAACGGAUGGAGUAGCGUUUGUGAAAAGGCACAGCGAGGGAAUGAUGGCAACCGCCAGCUCAAGCCUGACUCCGAGCAUUUCCGGACCGCUUGUCCCGUACAGAAGCGGCGGAGAUUCAUCUCAGAGUACCGAGCAGGAUUCUUUUCUGAGCAAGUUUAGGCAAAAGUACGCUCACCUGCUAAGUCGCCCCAAGCCCUUAAUCACAACGAAAGAAGGGAUCACUAGUAGAACGCAAAGACUGCCACUCUCAACAAGCACCAUUCCUGAGCCAUUCAAACCAAUACAGGACCCAGGCAGCAGAGUGUUACCGGUACCAAGAGAAGACUUAGGACAGGGAUACGUAGGGAAAGGUUCUAGACGUGAUUCGUGUGAUGUAGAGGUAGAGGAAUACUCGAACAUUGCAGCCCCAGAAACUGAAGAAGACAUCCCGACAGAGAAACCGCCACCAGGAGGCUAUGUCAACGCGCUUUACCUGGAAACACAAACAACUUCUAAGUCAUCCCAAGACCGCAUCACUUCUACCUUGUUUGUGACCGUGCACUUGACCUCCCCCACAUCCCCCGGUGACCCCACCCUGAGGGUUGCCGAGUCCCUCUUCCAGGCUAACAUCAAGGACGAGCAGAGACGACAACUUCUCCGGAAAGCCUUGGCCAAAUUUCAGGGCGUCCUGACCACCGUCAGCGGCGACCGUAUUGGUCUUCACUUCUUCACCGUCCAACAUCUGGACAACUUUUGGUCGAAAGUCAUCCUUCCUGGAGCGGGAAGUGUGUCCGAACGUCUGGAUCCCGUGCUGAUCACAGACCAGAUGAGGGUAGCAGUUCUGGGAAGGAAGCUGGCCGUCAAAGUCAACAUCGAUGAAGAGGAGUAUCUGUAUGUGCGGAAACAGCUUCGAAAAUCUACGACGGGUAUCCGGAGAACAAUGACGCUCACCAGAAGUCGCUUCGCAAAAGUUCCAACUAACAAAGCAAAAGACUGCAGGGUGAACCCAUCUCUAACCAGUCUUCUGAAGGAUAAGGACUUACUGAGGCUUUCCCGGGUUUCAAGCAGCGGGACCGAAAGAUUAGAAGGUUAGAAUCAUGCUCAGGACUGAGGCAAUUUGGU